UGAUCAGCUGCUGCGCAUGCGCCUGAGGGAGACAGCAUUGCGUCCGAGCGCACCAAAAGUUUGGGAGUUUUCGGUGGGCUGAGUGUAUUAAUGGGACGCCCGCCCCGGCGUUCAGUGUGUGUUUGCCAGUGUUUUAUGCUCAUAGACACGCGUGGAAGUUUCUCACAGUGGACGGGGAUUUCUUUUACAGCUCUUUUAUAUUUAGUUCUAAAUCGGAUUACAUGCGUAAUGAUACGGAGUGAAACAUCUACAUCACAGCCGUGAGAAGAGUGACGACCUUUCACCUUUCCUACAUCAUUGGUUUGGAAACAAAAUCUUUGACUUUUCAUGGAUCACACUUCGGUGACACCUAAGAACAAGAAGUGAAAUCCAUGGCCACCGUCCCCAUCCCUCCACCCUCUCUCCCUCCUCCUCCUCCUCCACCUCCUCCUCCUCCGCCCGUCUCAUCCAGCGCUCUGUCCCGAGUCGAGUCUGGCCGAAAACACCGGCUUCGCAACCUCAACUGGGAGCGGAUCCCUAAAGAGCGUGUGGAGGGCCGUAAGAGCGUGUGGAGCGGCUCUCCGGAUGAGGACUGUGAGCUCUCCAUCGACCUGAGGUCUCUGGAUGAGCUCUUUGGGCAGAAAGAGGGUGAGCGUCCCGACCGGGCCAGCGGUUUCCGGCGCGGCUCGCGCCUCUGCGGGUCUCCACAAGAGAUGAGUGCGGACAAAGUUACGCUGCUCGACUCAAAACGCAGCAUGAAUGUUGGCAUAUUUCUGCGGCAGUUGAAAAUUGCUUCUCGGGAGAUUGUGGAGGACGUGCGGCGAGGGAUCGGAGAGCGUUACGGAGCGGAGAAACUGGCUGAACUGUGCAAGCUGCUGCCUGAUAAUGAAGAGGAGGCCAGGUUGAAGAAGUUCAGCGGUGACCGUAGUUUGCUGGCGGAGCCGGAUCUCUUCAUUCUCUCGCUGGUGGAGUUACCCAGCUUUCGCAUGCGUCUGGACGUCAUGAUCCUCCAGCAGGAGUUUGACCCCGCGGUGACCUCUCUCUGUGUGGCGGCCAGAUGUCUGCGGGAGGCGGCUCGAGAGCUGCUGAGCUGCCCGGAGCUUCACUACAUCCUGAGACUGGUGCUCAAGGCGGGAAACUACAUGAACGCUGGUGGUUAUGCUGGGAAUGCUGCUGGAUUCAGGAUUUCCUCUUUACUCAAAUUGGCCGACACCAAAGCCAACAAGCCAGGCAUGAACCUCCUCCAUUUUGUGGCCAUGGAGGCUGUGAAGAAGGAUAAAGACUUGCUGAUGUUUCCCAGCCGUUUGAGUCACGUCGGUCCAGCUUCAAGGUUGUCAGAAGAGUCGGUGGUGGAGGAUCUUUCUCGACUACAAAGCAGAGUCGCUGAACUCCGAGUUCGAGCUCAGGCUGAUGCUGAAAUAGAGCAGCAGACCAGAACAUUUCUAGAGGUUGGUGAAGUGAGGCUGCAGGAGUCUCGGGACGAGCUGGAAAGCUUACAGAAGACCAGUAAGGCCCUUGUGGAUUUCUUCUGUGAAGAUGACAAAUCCUUCAAACUGGAGGAGGCCUGUCAUAUCUUCCACUGCUUCUGCCAUCGCUUCCAAAGAGCCGUGCAGGAGAACACCGAGAGGGAAGUACAAGAGCAGCGUCGUUUGGUGCGCGAGCGUGCGAAUGUGGAGAAGCGUCGGUCUCUGGCUCUGUGCACCGGACUGGAAGCAGAGCAGGAGUCUUCUGAGCUGGAGCAUGCGCUGCAGAGGAGCUUGAGUUACACGGGGAGCCGCCGCAGCCUGCGCAGACUCUCGCAGUACUUCCUCCGCUCCGGCGAGAGAAACGGGAAAUCUCACAACCAGCAAUCAGAGGACUCCGACCCACAUGCUCUCGAUCCUGAAGGAUUCAGCAGAGACUCAGAGCUCAGACAUUUGCUGUGCAAGAAUGAGGACAACGCUGAGGAGACUAAAGGAAUAAAUAAAGUCAAACGAGCUCAGCGUUUAAGCACAGAUUCAACAUGUGACCUGCAGCGAGAUGCAGCGGCUUCCCCGAAUGCUACGAAAAGCCAUUCUAGGCUGAAUACGAGAACAGUCCCCAGUGAUAACGCUUUUGUUGCUUUGGGAAAAACUAAAACGUCACAUCAGCAGGAGGCAGUGAAUGUCUCGCCUGUCACAGGACUAUCCCCUGACAAAGUCUUGAAAGUUGAGAAACCGGUUCAAGACGCCUCUGAAAGGCUGAGGGAGAUAGAACCCGAUACCUUGAAGGAUGCUAAGAAUAAAGAGUGUGUAAAUGAGGAAUCUCAAAAGGGAGAGACAUGGUCAAGUGCAUCUUCUCCUCCUGAAGAUCUAGCCCAGGAGCCAUGUGGCCCAGAAAGAGAGAAUGUAUACCCAACGCUGGAGUGUCACACCCUAGUGAGGGCCCUACGCUCCUACGAGAGCCUUUCCCCAACUGUGACCCGGCCGACCACCAAUCACUGCUCCAAAUGGAAGAAAGAGCAGGAAGCUGAGGAGCGAGACGGCACAAGCUCACCACAUGCCAAGGCUGAUUCCCGUAUGGUGAAGAAGCUGACUCGAGGACCAACCAAAAGACUGAUGGUACAGCGAGGAGGGCCCUCCAACAGCAGCGGGAUCCCUAGAGUGCGCACAAAGGCAGAACCGACUCCUGCGGACGGUUUGUCACGGGCUUCCCCUACACGUCCCUCGUCCAUUCGCACAUCGCUAAAUGAACUCAAACGCAACAGCAAUGCACGCCAGAGAAUAAACGCCCCAUCCAAUACAGUACAAAAAGGUAACACUACUGAGAAGCUGACCCAGGAUAAGGACAAGUGUCCGGAUACGUUUCUAAGGGGUUCACCACUUCGUGUUUCCAAACGCCUAGCGCCCAACUGUGAAUCCCAGUCUCCCCAGAGCAUUAACUCCCGCACUGCUGCUACAACUGUGAAGACAAUCCGCACGGCCAUCAUAAGUGCAGCCAAAGCCAAGACAACCAAGACCCUAGGUACCAGAAUCCCAGGACCUAAUGUCCCCAAACCGGCUGCCCAGCCCAUGUGGAAAUAAUAUCUGCUUUCUUGAGUGGCAGUGGCUUGAUGUUUUCUGUGCACGUCGUAACAUGUGUAAGGAACUAAAUUGAUAUGAUUUUCACUGGUGCCUGUCAAUGUUUUUGUGUGAGCGGUCAACUCAAACUGCAGAAUGCCAGUAAAUAGAGGAGCCUUUCAUUGGGUUGAAUGCACACUGUAAUGCAUCCGAGCAGAGUGACUGCUGCCUUCUGAGCUCUCCGCUGAUUAUUCAGGUCACAGCGAACUUUGCCUCUCAGAUCAGGACUUUGUUGGAAACGGUCUUGUCGAGCACUGUCUUUAGCUCUACCUCUGAACACUCGAGUGCUCUGUGCAGGUUACAGCGCUCAUCAGAAGGAUUCCUGCCAGAACCUUCUUUCUUUGUGUUUUGUUUGUGAUGUUCGAAUGGAGCCGUCACAGUCAAACAGACUCAAGUGAACGCUCAUGUCAUGUGGGAUAUUGAUUUUAACUUGCCCUUUGAUUCAGGUCAAAUUGACUGUUUAAUUGAGUUGCAGGUACAAAAUAAUGACACACAACUUCAGUUAAAAUCAUGCAUGUAAUAAUUCAAAAGCAAAUUGUGUGUGGGGUGUGUGUCCAGUUGUACAUGUUGGGUUCCUUCAAAUCUGAUGCACUUUACAAAUGAAAGAGAGAUUUCAUGCUGGCAGAAACUGUCUUUGUGGUAAUCUGCUGUACUUGUUUGUUUAUGUUUAUAUGCAAUGUUAAAUUAACAGAAUCAAAAACACAGCUGCCAUUUGUAAUAUCUGUAUUUGUAAAUGAGUAUUUGAAAUAAAAAUGAAUUUAAUGUUA